UUUUCGAACAAUAACAAACGAGCGCAGUUCUCCAUCGCCGAAAUCGGGGCUACAGUGAGAAGAUAAAGAUGCCUCGCAUACAGUAUAUCGGUAAUCCUUCGACGCUGCAUGGUAAACACUUAAUGAGAAUUUUGACCAAUCUGAAGGAUUUCGGUAUUGGCCGUCUAGUGACUCGAAGUCUAUAUGACAAAUACCCGGAACCAUCAUUCUAUGUUAUCAAGAAAGUGCAUCCUUAUAUGGACGAUGAGAAUAUUUGGGCAAAAGUUUGGGUGGACAAGUAUUAUCGUGGCACUAUAGGACCUCGCGAUAUGCUACUUCAGAAGUCUAUGAUUCCUGAUUAUCGGCUCAUUCCCAAAGAGGAAGAGAAGGCACUUUUUGAUAAGAUUACUGGAAAACCAAGGGUCCAAAUACUGCCCAGGCAGAAGGAAUUUCCACCGCUGCUUAAAAUGGUUAUUGAACGCGACUUGCGUGCCCGCGGUAUCGAAACCACCCCUAAGUUACCUUUGGUGUACAAUUUGGAUCCAUUAGAACCCCAACGAGUAGCUGAGGAGGGCGAAAAACCAGAUUAUGAUCCUGAUACGAAUGAAAGUCCGCUUACCGUUGAGAAACUCCGUCAGGGCAUUCAGUUCUAGAUAUGGACUCCACAAGGACGGAAACAGCUAUGAAUGUGACUUAACUGGUGAUUAGCUCGUGUAGGGAAUCCAGACCACAUCAAUGAUUGCAAACAAACACAGUGGGAUGCUACUUUAAAACCUGAUUUUAACCAGGAAGGCAUAUUUAAGUAAAUGCGAGAGAAACUAUGACUGUGUUCAGAGGAAGUUAGAGAGUGGCCUUCUCAUAGAGUACUGUAGCUGCAUGGUAACUGGAUAGUAUAUUGACUAUAUUGCUACAUUGAGCAGGUAUUUUGAUGAAAAAAGGAGACUAUAUUAUAGUUCGCAGUUGUUGUAAGCUGCACCCGGUUCUAGUUUUUCGGGUGUUCGUUAUGUAAAUUGGAAAAUGUUGUAAAGUUCAUCAACACACCGUUAAACGCUGCUGAGGACAUAACUAGGACUCAUCUUAGUGUGAUUUAAGCGAACGGAGAAUAGAGAAAAUAUAUGAAAUAUAUAAGAAAAAAGACAUUUUAACAGACCUACAGAUGUAAUUUUUUUAAAAUAAGUAUCUUUCUUGUUACUAAACAUUCACAUGGUGUUCUUUUAAUUCGGCCUCUAAUAACACGUGUAUAUUCUCGAUUUUGUUUUCGACAUAUAAUAGCUGAAUGCACAACAGUUGACAACUUAUAACGAGCAUUUGAUUAUGCGGAUUCAACGUAUUGUGCCUAUGAAAUAUGCAAAGUUCAUCUAUAACGGACUUCUCCUGUCUCUGGUAUUGUCAUAUGUUUAUCUCCGUCUAUAGCUUUUUCAUUUUCCACGACAUUCGUGAAUACAUAUAUGAAGAAAUCAUUUCUAUUCUUAAUAGUCGCUUAUUUCAGUAGCAAGCAUCGUCUCAAUGACAGCAGAAACAUUAGUUUAUUCCACCACGAAACUGCCCUUGUUGCCGUCAGGUAAAAUUAUUCGGCCAGCGUUUGCCAUCUUCGUUAUAUAUAUGUAUACAUAGAGUAGUCCGUUCAAAUCAGGCAAAACUUUAACCGACCGUUUGUCGUAAUGCUAACGUUCAUUCGCUGCCCCUGGUACCAGAGAAGAGCCGUUUUCUUCUAGAACACAACAGCAAACUCAGAACAGUGAACAAUAACUGCAUCGUUUUCAGAAUGUAAGCAAAGACCCAUCAGGAUUAAAAAUGUCCUUCUUUGCCUGAACUCAAUGGUCUAUAUCAUUUUGAGUCUUCGCGGAAUUUUUAAAAAAUCCGAGGGUAAAUUUAUAGAUUAGCCGGAAUAUCCUCAGUGAGAUUUGAAUUUAAAAGGCUCGAACGUCUAUUGAAAUGUCUUACAAAGUCAUUUUCGAUAGAUCUGGGUUUUUAACUUGAAAAUAACGGCCGCUUGGGGGCGAAGAGAAUCUAUCAACUACCAACUAGCUCGUCCACCAACCAGCACUAACGGUUAUUUCAUUAUUGAAAUGUGUUACACUUUUCCAAUAUCUUUUAAACUUUCUGGCCUUUUUGAGCUCGUGCCUUUUUAAGUAUCUUUGGCCUUUUAUUCGUCCAAACCUAAAUUCUGUUAAAAUUUUUUGUAUAAACCAUAAGCGAUAUGCAAUGUCGACGCCCACCAACACCGCUUCUUUGUUUUGAAAAAAAAAUAUUUUGAAAAUGACUAGUAAAUAGUUUGGGUUCCAAAUCGAAGGCGUAAUCGCAGUGUAUCGUAAUUAUGUUAAACAUGACCCUAAGAAAUUACAUUUUUAGCGUGUGCAAAAAGUUUCGUUGAAAUAUCUGUUUUUGCUUUAAUAUAGUCCUAAAAACAAAACAUCAAAAAAAAAAUCGUGAUCCAAAUGCCAUAGAUUGUAUAGGAUUACGUAAGCUCUCUGUACACGCUUGUAUUUGCGUAUAUUAUGUUUUUAAGAUAAUGAGGAUACCCAAUGCAGUCACAUGGCAGAAAUUCGCAAAUGCUAUUCAAUUACUGAAUCAGUAAUUACUGAAUUUCUGCAACGUUCACCUAUAUGAAAUUCAUAUUGUUAACAUAAUAUAUAGGACAUGUACUAAGCCCCCUACCAACUUUAUCCACUUUUGUCACGAAUUCGGUGCAGAAAUACACCAGUGUUUAAACAAGUAAGCCAACAAUUCAACCGCACUUCUUAGAUCCGAAUUCAAAUAUGGGGACUGUAUUAUGCUUAAAUUAUAAAAAUAUAAACAUUUGUCCAUGUAAAACAAACUUUUCAGUCCCACAGCGAGUCAUACCCGAAGAUUAUUAUAACGAUGUAUGAUAGUCAUAGACGGUGAUCGUAACGAGCCUAAGAAAGGCAAGCGUUAAAUUCCUUAAAAAUAACACCAAUAUUUUAUAUUAGGUUGUACUGUACCAGUUUUUAGUAUACUCAAAAAUUUAUGUAAUUUUG